AUUAGGCCUCCUACCUCUUCAAUCCUUCCUUCCUCUCAAAAAUCUCUAUUAAUUCAUACAUCCUGCCUGCCUCCCAAGUGUUCUGGUUCUUGCUCUCUCUCUCCCAGUUUCAGUACUCUAAAAUCCUAAUGCUUUUGCUCUUUCUUCUCCCCUUCCUUCCCUUCCUGCUUCUUUCCAUCACCCAUAUGCCUAAAAAUCCCAUCUUUCCUUCUUUCAUCCACCAAAUUCUACUUUUUACACUUCUUCUCUGCCAGGAGUUCAUCUCCCACUCCACAGAAAACAUAAAAAACAGGACAAUUUCCCUGCUCCAAUCCCUCAAAUCCCUUAAUCUAAUGCCUCGCAAUAAAGAAAUCACCUUUGAUGCUAACAGUUUUCAUGCAAUUGCUGCGGCGGAUAUAACGGUCCUUGAUCUCCCUGAACUGCCAUUGGAUUGCAUUCUGAAAAAGCUAUCUCCUUUCGAGCUCUGCAACAUGGCUUGCGUCUGCAGGUCGUUGAGGGAGAGAUGCAGAAGUGACGAUCUUUGGGAGAGGCAUAUGAGGGAGAAAUGGAGCCGGGUGAUUGGAGAAACAGCUCGGAGGAAGUGGAAGUUGCAGGCUGCAGAAGGGAGGGCUUUUAACAUUAGAGGAGAAGCUGUGGGAGUUACUUGGAAGGUGUGGAUGGGGAGAUUGGUUUCCUGGUGGGCUCUUUCAUGGCUGAAGCACAAGAUGGAAUGUCGGAGAAAGAGAAAUUGUCCUCCUGAUUAUUCACUCGUUUCAUUCUAUCAGGCGCUUGAGAGUGGCAGAUUCUCGUUUACAGCUCAGGUUUAUAAUCGUGAGAACGGACAUACAGGAUUUUUGAUGUCGUGCUAUGAUGCUGAGGUUUGCUACAAUCCUCGCACAGGCAAUUUAUUUGCAAGGUACCCACCUCAUGGGAAAAGAAUUCCGGCUAUAGAGGAAGUGCCAUGGGAGAGAACAAGAGCUCCAUCUGUUGUCACUCCACCUCACGAGCUUCACAUCUCUGACUGUUUAAGCGACCUGCACCCUGGUGAUCAUUUUGAAAUUCAAUGGAGAAGGAACAAAGAAUUCCCAUAUGGUUGGUGGUUUGGAGUUAUUGGUCAUUUGGAGACGUGCGACAGAAGCGAUCGUCACUGCUAUUGUGGUUCAAAUGAAACCAUUGUGUUGGAGUUCAAUCACUACCCGGCUGGAUCAAGAUGGAGAAGGAAAACCAUAAAUAGAAAAGAACACAGUGAGGAUGGAGAUGAAAAUCAUGGCUUUUAUGGAGGAAUUAGGAAGAUUCAUAGCAAGGAAGAAAUCUCCAAGUGGAUGCAGUUCUGGCCCGCACAAGUCCUUUAGCUUCUGCCGCUUCUCUUCUACAAUUUUUGUAUACAUAAAAUCACAUGUAAUUAAAUCUCCAUUUUUUGCUAAACAUUCUCUAAUUGAAGCUGCCAUCUAAUAACUUCAAGAGCUAGCUAAUUCUGAAAAGUGAAGGUGUUUCCUGUAAAUAUAUAUAUAUUUGUGUGUGUGUGUGUAUAUUGGUUUGGCAUUUUCCUGUCUAU